UUCUGAUUGAAAUAGUUGGGCAAUGGCGGGCUUAUUACCCGCAGUCUGGGUCCUGUGAGUCAGACUAGUAAAGAAGUAAAAAAAAAAAAAAAAGUCGAAAGUGAAACUGUUUCAAACUCAAACGUCAUUUAAAAGACGGAGGACAAAGAGGAUGCAGUAAAAAGGAAUUAAAUUCGUUAAAAGAACUGACUUGGCUGGUCUGGGAUAGAACCCACGUGUGGUCUAAACUGGUCAGAUGUGUUCCAGUCUCCUGAGAUGGGGGGCGCUGUUUAUAAAGAGAGUCUCUCAGAGGAGCCAGACACCAAAGGAGGAACCCUCAGCACUGAGAGGAAGAGGGUCCAGGUAGAAAGAGCAGGGUCACCUGUACCCAGCUGUCUGUCUAUGAAGAGUGAUCGUUCAAUGGAUCAUCCAUUCGCAUUCAGAGGAGAGGUCACAGGUGAUCAAAGGGUCCAGGUAGAAAGAGCAGGGUCACCUGUACCCAGCUGUCUGUCUAUGAAGAGUGAUCGUUCAAUGGAUCAUCCAUUCGCAUUCAGAGGAAAGGUCACAGGUGAUCAAAGGAUACCGCAGUCACUGCAGUCCUGCUUUUUAGAAGAGAACAGUUCAGAGAAAUUAUCUUCCCCAAGACAGCUUGGCUGGUUUGGGAUAGAACCCACGUGUGGUCUGAACUGGUCAGAUGUGUUCCAGUCUCCUGAGAUAGGGGGCGCUGUUUAUAAAAUGAGUCUCUCAGAGGAGCCAGACACCAAAGGAGGAACCCUCAGCACUAAGAGGAAGAGGGUCCAAGUAGAAACAGCAGGGUCACCUGUACCCACCUGUAAGUCUAUGAAGAGUGAUCAUUCAAUGGGUCAUCCAAUCGAAUUCAGGGGAGAGUUCGCAGGUGACCAAAGGGUCCAGGUAGAAAGAGCAGGGUCUCCUGUACCCAGCUGUCUGUCAUUGAAGAGUGAUCGUUCAAUGGAACAUCCAAUCGCAUUCAGAGGAGAGGUCACAGGUGAUCAAAGGGUCCAGGUAGAAAGAGCAGGGUCACCUGCACCCAGCUGUCUGUCUAUGAAGAGUGAUCGUUCAAUGGAACAUCCAAUCGCAUUCAGAGGAGAGGUCACAGGUGAUCAAAGGGUCCAGGUAGAAAGAGCAGGGUCUCCUGUACCCAGCUGUCUGUCUAUGAAGAGUGAUCGUUCAAUGGAACAUCCAAUCGCAUUCAGAGGAGAGGUCACAGGUGAUCAAAGGGUCCAGGUAGAAAGAGCAGGGUCUCCUGUACCCAGCUGUCUGUCUAUGAAGAGUGAUCGUUCAAUGGAACAUCCAAUCGCAUUCAGAGGAGAGGUCACAGGUGAUCAAAGGGUCCAGGUAGAAAGAGCAGGGUCACCUGCACCCAGCUGUCUGUCUAUGAAGAGUGAUCGUUCAAUGGAACAUCCAAUCGCAUUCAGAGGAGAGGUCACAGGUGAUCAAAGGGUCCAGGUAGAAAGAGCAGGGUCUCCUGUACCCAGCUGUCUGUCUAUGAAGAGUGAUCGUUCAAUGGAACAUCCAAUCGCAUUCAGAGGAGAGGUCACAGGUGAUCAAAGGGUCCAGGUAGAAAGAGCAGGGUCACCUGCACCCAGCUGUCUGUCUAUGAAGAGUGAUCGUUCAAUGGAACAUCCAAUCGCAUUCAGAGGAGAGGUCACAGGUGAUCAAAGGGUCCAGGUAGAAAGAGCAGGGUCACCUGCACCCAGCUGUCUGUCUAUGAAGAGUGAUCGUUCAAUGGAACAUCCAAUCGCCUUCAGAGGAGAGGUCACAGGUGAUCAAAGGAUACCGCAGUCACUCCAGUCCUGCUCUUUAGAAGAGAACAGUUCAGAGAAAUUAUCUUCCCCAAGACAGCUUGGCUGGUUUGGGAUAGAACCCACAUGUGGUCUAAAGUGGUCAGAUGUGUUCCAGUCUCCUGAGAUAGGGGGCGCUGUUUAUAAAAUGAAUCUCUCAGAGGAGCCAGACGGCAAAGGAGGAACCCUCAGCACUGACAGAAAGAGCGUCCAGGUAGAAAGAGCAGGGUCACCUGUACCCAGCUGUCUGUCUAUGAAGAGUGAUCAUUCAAUGGAAGGUCCAAUCGCAUUCAGAGGAGAGGUCACAGGUGAUCAAAGGGUCCAGGUAGAAAGAGCAGGGUCACCUGUACCCAGCUGUCUGUCUAUGAAGAGUGAUCAUUCAAUGGAAGGUCCAAUCGCAUUCAGAGGAGAGGUCACAGGUGAUCAAAGGGUCCAGGUAGAAAGAGCAGGGUCACCUGUACCCAGCUGUCUGUCUAUGAAGAGUGAUCGUUCAAUGGAUCGUCCAUUCGAAUUCAGAGGAGAGGUCACAGGUGAUCAAAGGGUCCAGGUAGAAAGAGCAGGGUCACCUGUACCCAGCUGUCUGUCUAUGAAGAGUGAUCGUUCAAUGGAUCGUCCAUUCGAAUUCAGAGGAGAGGUCACAGGUGAUCAAAGGGUCCAGGUACAAAGAGCAGGGUCACCUGUACCCAGCUGUACGUCUAUGAAGAGUGAUCGUUCAAUGGAUCGUCCAUUCGAAUUCAGGGGAGAGUUCGCAGGUGAUCAAAGGGUCCAGGUAGAAAGAGCAGGGUCACCUGUACCCAGCUGUCUGUCUAUGAAGAGUGAUCGUUCAAUGGAUCGUCCAUUCGAAUUCAGAGGAGAGGUCACAGGUGAUCAAAGGAUACCGCAGUCACUCCAGUCCUGCUAUUUAGAAGAGAAGAGUUUGGAGAAUUUAUCUUACCCACGACAGUCUCUCCUGCGCACUUUGAUGAAGCUGAAGAAGGAUGAGAAGUUGAAACAGUUUCAGAACCAUCUGAGUCAGGAUUGCCCAGAAUGCUUUGAGACUCUGUCUGAAGAUCAUUCUGUACUGGUUAUGUUUAUGAAGAUGAAGGAAUUGUUCAAAAGUCAUCGAAUUGAAGAUUACCCAGAAUGCAUUGGGAGAGAGCAGAAUGAUCCUGAGGCCAUGUACAUAGUUGAGAAGUUGCUGGAGACCUAUGGCAGUGAGAGGUCUCUGAAGAUCACACUCCACAUCAUGAGGAAGAUGAUGCAGAAGGAUCUCACUGACUCACUGGAGAGAGAUGAGCAGCGCAAUGGAUCCAUAAAAAUAGCCCAGAAGGCACUUAAAUCUCAUCUGAAGAGGAAGUUUGAAUGCAUAUUUGAAGGUUUAGCAAAGCAGAGCGACCGAACCCUCCUCAAUGAGAUCUAUACAGAGCUCUACAUCACAGAGGGGGGAAGUGGGGGGGUCAAUAAUGAACACGAGGUCAGACAGAUUGAGACAGCAUCCAAGAGACAAACCACACAGGAGACUGCAAUCCUCUGCAAUGACAUCUUUAAGCCUUCACCUGGACAAAAGAAACCCAUCAGAACUGUGCUUACAAAGGGCAUCGCUGGCAUUGGGAAAACUGUCUCUGUGCAGAAGUUCAUUCUGGACUGGGCAGAAGGAAAAGCCAAUCAGGACAUUGAUUUCAUCUUCACUCUUCCUUUCCGAGAUCUGAAUUUGAAGAAGGAAGGAGCAUUCAGUCUGAUGCAACUUCUGCAGCUCUACUUUCCACAACUGAAAGAGAGCCAAAGUGUUGAAGGUGAUGAGGUAAAAGUGGUGUUUAUCUUUGAUGGUCUGGAUGAGUGUCGACUUCCUCUAGAUUUCCAAGGUAAUGAGAUCUGCUGUGAUAUAACAGAAUCAUCAUCAGUGGAUGUGCUGCUGACCAACCUCAUUAAGGGGAAUCUGCUUCCCUCUGCUCUCCUCUGGAUCACCUCCCGACCAGCAGCAGCCAAUCAGAUCCCUCCUGAGUGUGUCCACCGAGUGACAGAGGUACGCGGGUUCAAUGACCCACAGAGGGAGGAGUACUUCAGGAAGAGAAUCAGAGAUCAGAACCAGGCCAGCAGAAUUAUCUCACACAUAAAGUCAUCCAGGAGUCUCUACAUCAUGUGUCACAUACCAGUCUUCUGCUGGAUAUCUGCUACUGUUCUGGAGACAAUAUUGGGUAAAGCAAAGAGUGGAGAUCUGCCCAAAACUCUGACUGAAAUGUACACACACUUCCUGCUCAUUCAGACUGAUGUGAAGAAUCAGAAGUAUCAUGGCACUGAUGAGACAGACUCAAAGAAGAGGUCAGCAUCAGAUACAGAAAUCAUCCUGAAACUGGGGCAGCUGGCUUUUCUACAGCUGGUUAAGGGCCAUCUGAUAUUCUAUGAAGAGGACCUGAGAGAGAGUGGCAUUGAUGUCAGUGAAGCUUCAGUGUACUCUGGGGUGUGCACAGAGAUCUUUAAAGAGGAGUGUGGGUUGUAUCAGGAGAAGGUCUACUGCUUUGUGCAUCUGAGCAUUCAGGAGUAUCUGGCUGCCUUGUUUGUGUUUCAUUCAUGUGUAAAUGAGAACAGAAAUGUACUCAGAGCAGAAGAAUCAAAAUCUCACAGUGACAGAGUGCAGCUGUCUGAGUUGCACAGGACUGCAGUAGAUCAGGCCUUAAAGAGUAAGAAUGGACACCUGGACCUUUUCCUCCGAUUCCUUCUUGGCCUCUCUCUGGAGUCCAUUCAGAAGCUCUUAGGGGGACUACUGACACAGACAGGAUGCACAUCACCUGUACCAGACCUACAGACACAGACAGAAAGCAGAUCACAGGGCAUUGAGAAAACAGUCCAGUACAUUAAGGAGAGGAUCAGAGAGGAAUCUUCAGCAGAGAGGACCAUCAAUCUGUUCCACUGUCUCAGUGAACUGAAUGACAACUCCCUAGUGGAGGAAAUCCAAAAUUCCCUGAGAUCAGGAAAACUUUCUGAUAAAAAGCUGGAACCACACCAGUGUUCAGCUCUGGCCUUUGUGUUACUGAUGUCAGAGGAGAUCCUGGAUGAGUUUGACCUGAAGGACUACAACACAUCAGAAGAUGGUCGUGAGAGACUGGUACCAGUAGUCAGGAACUGCAGGAAGGCCAUGUGA